AUGGAUAACCCUGAUUUUGCCGUAGCCAUGGAUAGGUUAAAGCAGCCACAGAAGAAGAAAAACACAGGGAGGAAGAAGAUUGUGAUAAAGAAGAUUGAGAAAUCUAGCAACAAGCAAGUGACAUUCUCGAAAAGAAGAGCAGGGUUGUUCAAAAAAGCGAGUGAACUGUGCAUUCUGUGUAAUGUUAACAUAGCCAUAAUAGUGUUUUCUCCUGCUGAAAAGUUGUUCUGCUUUGGGCAUCCAGACGUGGAAGGCAUUGUUGGAAGGUACCUGAAGGGAGAGAAAGUGUUGGUAGCAUCAGAGAGAAGAGGGUCAUAUGAAGAAAGCAACAUGCAAUACGAGGAGGCAGUGAAGAAUUUGGCGUUGGAAAAGAAGAAUCUGAUAGAAACUGAAAAAAUGGUUAAGGGUUUGAGCAGAAGGUGGUGGGAGGAUCCCAUUGAUGAGACGAGUGAACGUGAGUUGGAACAGUUUAUGGUGUCGCUUUAUGAGUUGAGGAAGAAAUUAACAGAAAGGGCUGCUCAAUUGUUCAUGCUUUCAAUUCAAUGA